UGCGUUUAGAGAAGGAAGCCGUAUUCAUGUCCAUCAAAAUAAUUUUACAAACUACCACUACAAGGAAGUAAAGUUGCGUACAAAUUAACACGGAAUAUACUUUCCAUAUCAAAAGUGUGGGUUUCCUUUAACAAGCAUGAACACAGCCACUCCUUACAAUGCUGGGUAUGACCAGGGACAGACAAGUUAUCAGUCGGGUCCCCCAGGAUACAUGCCACAUCAAACUACUAAAAACUAUGGAUGUACACCAGUUCAUGCCAUUAGAUACAAACCCACCAACUGGCUUUGUCCAGCAAUAUUUUCCUGUCUCUUCUGUUUUUGGCCCGUGGGACUAGCAGCCAUCUACUACGCUGUAGAGGCCAACCAGAGAAGCGAUAGGAAUGAUACAUAUGGUGCUGAGAGGUCUGCAAACUGUGCCAGAAACCUAACGAUUACCUCAGUCGUCAUCGGAGUUGUCACCUUGGUGGUUAUGUUGGCUCUGUUUUUCACUGGCGCUUUUGUAAUGAAUUCAAACGUUCACCAUCCCUCGUAAAUUCAUAUAUACGGAACAGUUGGAUAUUCAAUGUUGCAUGUCUUAAGACAGUAUCGAAAAUGGCCGUGUAAUCUUUUAAUGGUUUCACCUGCUACAUGUAUUAUAAUUUCUUUUAUAAACAAUAUAUCAUUUUGUAGUACUAGUAAUAAGAAAUUUGUGAAUUGAGA